AGCUCAAACCCCUUUCUGUUUCCCCGUCUCUCCACGCCUCCUUGCUAUUUCAAGCUGCAGCUGCAGCAGGGCCUUGGCAGGGCUCCCAAGAGACACACAGAACAGUUCCUGCCCGUGUUUGUUGUUGUCGGUGCUGCCUGCGGCCGCCAUGGCGGCCGUGAACCCUGCCCGCGCCCUGGAGGACGAGCUCUUCUGCUCCAUCUGCUUGGAUUACUUCACGGAGCCGGUGAUCCUGAACUGCGAGCACAACUUUUGCCGGGCCUGCAUCACCAGGACGUGGGAAGGCCUAGGCGACAGUUUCCCUUGCCCCCAGUGCAGGAAGAGGUCUCGCAAAGGGAAACUCCGGCCAAACACCCAGCUGGGGAAAGUGGCAGAGAGGGCCAAGGAGUUGGCUUCGGUCAUGGGCUCCGCUUCUGAGGCAGCUUCUAAGCCUAGCAGCAAGCCGGAGGACAGCGCCAGAGAAAUGUGCAAGAAGCAUCUGGAGGCCCUGAAGUUAUUCUGCCUGGAUGAUCAGGCCUUGAUCUGUGUAGUUUGUGACAGAUCUCAGGAGCAUAGACUUCACCAGAUAGUCCCUGUAGAGGAGGCAGCUCAGGAAUGCAAGGCACAGCUUCUGCACCACUUGACAGUACUCAAAAAUGAGAACGACAACAGGGAGUUACUUGCACAAAACAAAGGGAAGAGGCUGGAAAUGCUAUUAGGCCGUGCAGAAGCAGAGAGAGAGCGAACGGCCCACAUGUUCCAGAAGCUGCAGAGGAUCCUGCAGGACAGGGAGAACCACAUGCUCUGGGGGCUUGCCAAAGUGACCAGUGACUUGACAAAAAUGCAACAGGAGAAUGACAGCCGGGUCCAGCGGGGGGCGCCACUCCUACGAGGGCUGAUAGCGGAGCUAGAGCAGAAGUGUCAGCAGUCGGAUACAGAACUUCUUAAGGACAUUGGAAGGCUCUUGAGCAGGUGUAAAAACUGGACCUUUCCAAAAUGGGUGCCAGUGUCUACCACUGAACUGGAAGAGAGAAUUUCCUAUUUCUCCCGGAAGAAGGCAGCUCUGUGGGAGGACAUGACUGAGACACGGGAGAUCUUGACCUUGGAUUCUGAUUCAGCUCAUCCCAGCCUCGCCAUUUCAACGGAUCGGAAGACUGUGAGCCGCAGGUGUUCUUGUCCAGCUUUCUGCAAUGACUCUAGAAGAUUCUACCCCUCCUUCUGUGUGCUGGGUUCUGAAGGUUUCACAAGCGGCCGCCACCACUGGCUGGUGGAUGUCAAAGGUCAUUGUGGCUGGGCCCUGGGCGUAGCUAAAGAAUCUAUGGAUAGGAAGAAGCCAAUGGUACUUCAUCCAGAACGUGGAGUUUGGGCAGUGGAGCUAGGCCCGUACAAGCUCCUUCCUGCAGCGCCAGUCCCUGAGACAGAGAGGGACACCCCAACCCGCAGGCUUCUGGUCACCUUGGACUAUGACGCAGGCCGGGUGACAUUCUCGGACUUCCCUAACCCAGAACCUCUAUUUACUUUCAGGACCUGCUUCACAGAGAAGCUUUUCCCUUUCUUCUGGCUGUGGUCCCCUGAAGCAUCUAUUAAACUGUGUCCUUGAGAUAUAAA